AUGUCUGAUAUACCGAUUAAUUGCCUCGAGGAAAUUUUCAAAUAUCUAGAGGAUGACAGAUAUUCGUUCUACUCUUUUCUAUUAGUUAACCGUAAUUGGUGUAACGCAGCGGUCCCAAUUAUUUGGAGAGAGCAUUGGUCGCCGCCAAACGCCAAAAUAAUAGAAACGUAUCUAGCAUGCCUUCCCGAGCAAGAUAGGGACGUUCUACUGGACCAAGGUGUUGAUCUCCCGGAUGCGCCUGAACCAUUGUUCAACUACCCUAGGUACCUGAAAAUUCUCGAUUGCGCAUGGCUCGAGGAAUCAAUCUACGCAUAUCUUACGGUGGACGGGCCUUUGGAACCCGAGGACAUAGUUCAGCUUUCGUCGAUGCUAUCCAUGAUCUGUAAACUUAUAAUCAACUGUACCGAUGGAUUACGCGGUCUUGAGGUUGGCGAUUGGAAAGAGCAUUAUAACAUCCCUGAAUUGGCAUCAUUGCCCAGAGUACGCAAAGCGCUGUCAGGUUUGAAUGAACUUCAUAUUCACGGAACGUGUUAUACCGUUACGCUUGAUGGGUUGGAUAAUUUGUCGAAUCUGAUAACAGUGUUGACUCAUUUCUCGAACAAUAUCCAGUUUAUGAACAUUGAUUGCUGUCACGUUGAUAAAAGAUUAGGGAAAAGGUUACCGGCGUUAAUUGCGUCGCAGAAUAACUUGCGACAUCUGCUGAUGGAAGACACUAGUCAGGAUUCGACUCUGUCAGCAAGUUUGAUUUCUGCCCUCUCGAAUCAAUUCAAUUCUCUAAGAGUGUUGGCAAUUUCUAGAUUUCCUAUUGAUGAGGUGUUCUUACUUAAACUAUCAAGAUGUACGAAAUUGGAAUCCAUGAACAUAUUUCACUGCAGAUACGUGGAGGGCGACAAUAUUUUGUUACAAAGGAUUAAGUCCCAAAUUAAGCUUUCACUUUCAAGGAUAACCUGUCUGAACAACAGUGGGAACAGCGAGAUCCUAUCAGAAAUAAUAGAAAUGGCAAAACAAAAUCUUACAGUAUUGGUCACGGACGACAUUGGCGCAAAUGUUCUACAAUCCCUAAGCACUUCUUGCGUAAAUCUUGAAUAUUUUAUGAUGAACAUUAAUACAGAAAUUAUUCCUAAACUUUCCUUGUUAUUAGAACUCAACAUCAAACACCUGAUAUUACAUUCCGAGUCGACUUCCAUCAAUUUCACUACAGAAAUGUUGGUCGAGAUCGGACAGUCCUUGCCUCUGAGUUUGGAAUAUUUAGACAUCGAUUUCGUUGUUGAUUCUGGUGAGUUGGAAGUAAUACUAAGAGAAUGCCGGGCUGGUAUAAAAAGGUUAGGAAUGAAAUUGGCGAUUGAUCCCAAUGUUAGAGCGGGAGUUAAUGAUCAAUUUCUGGAGGUAAUCAUCAAUUAUGCGAAGCGAAGGGAAGGUAAAUUCAAAGAACUGAGAAUCGAUCGAGGACGCGAGUUUUUAAAGGACAAACAUUUUUCAAAAGGGAUGCUAGCGAGAACAUCGAAUUUAUUCGAGAUCUCACACGAGUAUAAAGAUUCUUGGAAUUAUUUUAGAUAA